GAAGUGGCACGGGAACGCCGGCAAAAAAAAAAGGACCUUUACAAGAAGGCGGCAGCUGUGGCGGAAAGGGCAGGAGUAGGCGAAGCGGAGGAGAAGCCGGAGCUUUAUUGAGGUAUAUAAUUGAUAUAUUUAAAAACCUGCCCAUUUAAUAUAUAUGACUUGAUGAAUUUGGAUAUAUGCCUGCAACCAUCACCAUAAUCAAGGACUUAGCUCAGCAAGCAAAAGAAAAACUGAACAAAGGAGAGGAAUCCAACAAAGAUAACUUUGGAAGCACUGAAUGCAGCAAAAUAAGAACAAUGGACCUCAAGUUCAACAACUCCAGGAAAUAUAUUUCUAUAACUGUCCCAUCCAAAACCCAAACAAUGUCACCACACAUCAAGUCAAUAGAUGACAUUAUAGUACUUGGCAUAAAUCUCAGCAGAUUUAACAAACUUACUCAAUUUUUCAUAUGUGUUGCUGGAGUUUUUGUAUUUUACCUCAUUUAUGGAUAUUUACAGGAAUUAAUAUUUUCAGUGGAGGGUUUUAAGUCCUAUGGCUGGUACCUUACUUUAGUACAAUUUGCAUUUUACUCCAUAUUUGGCCUAAUAGAACUUCAGCUUAUUCAGGACAAAAGGAGAAGAAUACCAGGAAAAACCUACAUGGUAAUCGCUUUUCUAACUGUGGGUACUAUGGGGUUAUCAAACACUUCCUUGGGCUACCUGAAUUAUCCUACCCAAGUCAUCUUCAAGUGCUGCAAGUUGAUUCCUGUGAUGCUGGGAGGAGUUUUUAUUCAAGGCAAGCGUUAUAAUGUUGCAGAUGUGUCUGCCGCAGUGUGUAUGAGCCUUGGUCUGAUAUGGUUUACCCUCGCUGACAGCACAAUUGCACCCAAUUUCAACCUGACAGAGGUUCUUUUUCUCCUGUGCCUUCUUGAAGGUGUGAUCCUUAUUUCCCUGGCACUGUGUGCAGAUGCUGUCAUUGGAAAUGUGCAGGAGAAGGCUAUGAAACUGCACAACGCUUCUAAUUCGGAAAUGGUAUUGUAUUCGUAUUCAAUCGGGUUUGUGUACAUUUUAUUGGGAUUGACAUGCACUAGUGGAUUAGGUCCUGCAGUAACAUUUUGUUCAAAGAAUCUAAUUCGGACCUAUGGUUAUGCUUUUCUUUUUUCCCUCACUGGAUAUUUUGGAAUCUCCUUUGUUCUGGCUUUGAUUAAAAUUUUUGGUGCACUUCUUGCUGUAACAGUGACAACAGGAAGAAAAGCAAUGACCAUUGUACUUUCAUUUAUAUUCUUUGCUAAACCAUUCACAUUUCAGUACAUAUGGUCUGGUUUGUUAGUUGUCCUUGGAAUAUUUCUCAAUGUUUACAGCAAAAAUAUGGAUAAAAUGAGACUACCAUCACUAUAUGACCUGAUAAACAAAACAGUGGAAGUAAAAAAGUCAAGGACAUUGGCACAAACUGUAUAGACAGUGAUUCCUGCUGUUUAACAUGGAAUUCUAAGGGACCAGUCACCAAUUAAUUAACUUUCCAAAGGUAUUAUUAUAAACCAAAGGACCUGAUGGCAUGCUAUCCAUUCGCAACUGGAUUCCAUAUGAAGUCAACCCUUUUCUUCAGAGCCGCUUGUUUGACUGACUUCUGAAGCAAUCAAGAGAACAGCGUCUGUCACACCUUAGAAUAGCAUCAAUAUAAAGGACUGUAAUUAGCAGCUUAUUGAGAAUUUAACUAGAAGUGGACCAUGUUGUAAAAACUAAUUAGAUAUUGUUAUGACAUAUCAAAGAGAUUGAUAUGAAAUAGCGGAUUCUUUUGUCUUCAUUCCAUUUUGGUGGUGUUAUUUAAAUUGAUUCUCUGUUAUAAGAGUGAACUGAUGAUUUAA